AGAGUAACUACCACAGUGAAGUGGUUGCCUCUCGCAACGUCAAAAUCCCACCUUUGAUAUCUAAAAAUUUUCCACUCCAAACCCAACCAUCCCUUUCCAAAUAUCUUCGAAAGAAACCCUAAAUUUUCGUUCCUUUUCAUUGAAAAUACAAUUUCAGAGCCCAUUUCCAAGGAAUUCACUUUCCCGUAAUUCCAAUUCCGUCCAAAGUGGUUCUCGAUGGAAACCCUAGCGCUCCCUCUAUUCUUCUCCAGUUUCGUUACGAUCUACCUCAUCGCCUACUUCGUCGUCUUCCGGAACUGGAACACCAAGUUCCGACCCGAAGCCGCCAGCUGCUCAAUCUCACUCGCCCACGGCACGCCCGCGGUUCUCUUAGCCACACACUCCAUACUCGCCGAUUCAACCCGCGGAUUCGCCUCGCCCAACACAAAAGCCGAGAACAUAGUCCUCGACUUCAGCAUUUCCUACUUCUUAACCGACCUCCUCCACUACAUCGUCUUCUACCCGCGCGACCUCCUCUUCAUCGCCCACCACUUGGCCACGAUCUUCGUCUUCGUCACGUGCCGGUACGUUGCUUUCCACGGCGCGUGCGCGGUACUCGCUCUCCUCAUCCUCGCUGAGGUCACCAGCGCGUGCCAAAACGCGUGGACACUCGCCGGUUCUCGUAGGCACGACGUCGUAUCCGCCGCUAAGCUGUACGGUCUUCUGUCCCCACCCUUUUACACGUUUUAUUCGAUCGUUCGGGGCUUAGUGGGGCCCUACUUGGUGUACGAGAUGUUUGUGUUCUACGCGAGUGGGGCUGCAAAGGGUUUGAUCGCAACGUGGGUCUGGGUUUCCUGGAUGGUGGUUGUUGUUGCGGCGAUUUCUGUCAGUAUAUUGUGGAUUUCGAAUCUUUGGGUGGAAUUGUAUAGAGAAAGAGUGGGCAAAUCGGAAAAGAAAAUUAAAUAGACUGAAUUGGAUUGGAAGAAAGAAUUUUCUGAUUAGAAGAACUGAGUUUGGCUAUAUAUAUAUGUAUGAGUCUAAAUGUAGCUUCUUCUUCUUCUUUUUUUUUUUUUUUUUCUUUAUUCAAGGCUUUUAUUUUUGGAUUAUUCGUUGAUAUUGAGAUUAACAAGAACCAACCAAUUGGCAUUCAAAGUGUCAAUCUCAAGUGUAUGAUGCAUUAUGUAUAAAAUAUAACUCAGC